AUGUCUUCCUUGAUCUCCACCGACCAAUUCCUCGCGGCAGCCAAACACCGCCGCUCCGUGUACGCGCUCAAGGACACGUCUCCCGUGCCCGACAGCCGCAUCGAGGACAUCGUCAAAGAGGUUCUCUCGUUUGCGCCUUCGUCGUAUAACACCCAGUCGACCCGCAUCACCCUCGUUCUCGGCGAGAAGCACAAGCAGUUCUGGGACAUUAUCAUUGAGCAAGCCGAGCCCAUUCUCCGUGGCGCGGGGCCAGGAGUCUGGGAUUCUAUGGGUCCCCGAUUGCAGGGUUUCAAGAAUGCUUAUGGUUCGGUCGUCUUCUGGGAAAACGGCCAAAGCAUCAAAGAAGCGAGCGAGACGCACAAGUCAAUCGCUCACAUGUUACCGCAGUGGUCCGAACACACAUCUGCCAUCCACCAGAUCCUAAUCUGGACAGCUCUAGAGCUCGAGGGGUUCGGUGCCAACCUACAGCACAUGAAUGCCAUACCCCCCGUUGAGGCGGCGCUGAAGAAGUUUCUCGAUGUUCCUGAAGACUACUCGCUCAAGGCCCAUCUGAACUUUGGCGAGGAGGCACAGCCGCAUCCUGAGAAGCCGGCUAAGUUGCCGGCUAGUGAGACCUUGAAGGUGGUCAAAUAG